UUGGAACCAUGUGGGAAUAGAACGACUCGCUUGCACUGACCUUUCACAUUUCAAUCUCAAUUUCAUCUUUCAUGCCUAUUUAUGCAUUUUAGCCAUUUCAUGCGUUCUGCAUGAGGUAAAAAUGGCGGCAACGUUCAUGUCGAGUUCUCGUUCAUAAAAAAACCACUUCAUUUGUUCAUUUAUACUUAUUUCUCAUUGUCUUUCUAGGUUCGACUUUGUCAACGAUAUAAUUGCUUAGCUCAAUUUAUGAUAAUUAUUCUAUGUUUUUCCCGACACGUCCCACAGUGAAUCGAUAAUUAGCAGACGAAAAAAUACGAAUUCAUAAAUGGACCUCGUCGAGGAAAAAUUAUGGAUUGGAGGUUUGUCUUCAGCUCUGGAUAAGAAGCUUUUGCGUGAUCAUGGAAUCACAAACAUCGUGACUGUUGAUAUAAAACCUCUGCCCCCUAACGGGGAUCUCCAUUACCUAUUUGUCCCGGCCCAUGAUGUGAAUGAGCAGGAUUUGUUUGGUUGUUUUGAAUCUGUUUUUGAAUUCAUCGAAAAUGGGGUGAAAUCUGGAAGUGUCCUUGUCCAUUGCUUUCAUGGAGUGUCCCGGAGUGCCACUUUAGUCAUCAGCUACCUUCAGAAAAAGUACAAAAUUUCAUCCGAGGAAGGCUUGGCUAGACUACAAGCUGUGAGGCCAUCAGUUCUGCCCAAUGAAGGUUUCCUGGCGCAACUCAGGCUUUACGGAGUUCUUAUGGAACUGAACAAAAUGGAUUCAAUUGUCUCAAGAUGGUACCAUUUACAGCAAACGGCUAACUUGCAUUGUGGUACUCCAGUGACCCUUCCACGAGGAGAUGUAUCAUAUGAAACCACACUUAAGUGUAGAACCUGCAGGUAUGUCUUAGCUUAUGGCAAAGAUGUUUUAUACCACAGACCAGGGGAAAACCCUGACUGGAAGGAUCUUUCUUGGGUUCGAUUCGCUCUUUCCGACCAGCAGACUAGAAUAGAUUCCUGUCGGCAAGCAUUUUUUGUCAUCCCACCACCUUGGAUAACUGCUAGUUCUGCACCACAGGGCAAACUCCUUUGUCCAAAAUGCCGUAGUAAAAUCGGAGCGUUCAGCUGGAAUCAGAAUCAAAAAUGUCCGUGCGCCGCAUCGUAUCAACCGGGUUUCUACUUUACCCCUUCAAAAGUCGACUUCAUCGCCAACAAGUAAGGACACACCUGACAGGCCCAUAACGAACCGAUCUCUCUCCGCAAUUGCUGAUUUGGAUUUCUCUUCGACAAAGUGAACCAGCGCAUGAACCACUUGUUCCUCAGAAUCUACUACUUCUGUUUUCUCCA